CAACGCCGGUCUGUCGUGCUGCCUCCGCCGCCCCGAGGCCCCCGAACCGUGCACCAAAACCCGCCAAAUUCCCAGGCUUCCAGUUCGUCCCGACGCCCCACGGAACCACCUCCGGACGAACCAAAGCACUACUACUGCCCCGAGAGAAAAUUUGCACGACGUCUCUGUCAAUUCGCAGUUCGCUUCGAUAGCGCAAGUCGUCGCGAGUCGCGCCUCCUCGAUGACCCAAAACGGUUACCGCUCUGCUACCGCUGUCAGAGCAGUUACUACUCCGCUUUGCCAUCGCUAAUCGCUGAUGCCUACCCCCCUCUCUACCAAUCCCCCUCACGCUAAUCCCGUCGUCAUCCCUGCGCGGAUCGCCGAUCGCCGCGAUGUCCACCUCCUCCUCUUCCUCCUCGUCCGGCGAGAGCGGGAACCCUAGCCCCCCGCAGGCGCCGCCGCCGGGGGCCGCGUCGGGGGCAGCGGCGGCGGCGCGGCCGAAGCGGCGCUGCCACGACGUGUUCUGGCUGGUGGUCUUCCUCCUCCACUUGCUCGUCUUCGGCGGGGCGCUCGCGCUCGCCGGCCUCAACCGCUUCCGCAUAGCCGACCGCUUCAACAUCGAACGCUACACCAACCAAACCGCCGCCCCGCGCUCGCGCUCCGCGGGCGCGCCGGAGCCCGCGCCGCCGGGACCACAGGUAAAAUUUUCCCCGGAGAAGGCGCCGGCGUCCGAGCUGACGGAGACGUACUGGAAGUACUACGGCGUCGCGGGGGGCACAGGGACGGUGCUUGCGUGGGCGUGGCUGGCGGCGGCGGCCGGUAGGAGGGACGGGGGGAAGGUGGUGAUGAGGGCCGCCGUGCACAGCCUCACGGCGUACCUCGCGGUGGUCAGCGUGCUCUGCUUCUGGGGGAAGCACUUCUUCUGGGGCGUGGCGCUCGCCGUCGGCGCUGCGCUCCACUUCCUCUACGUCAUGUCAGUGCUUGAUAGAUUUCCUUUCACAAUGCUAGUACUGCAGAAGGCAGUAAGGAUGGUGUGGGAACUUCCUGAUGUGAUGAGAGUAGCAUAUGCAUUCGUACUGGUAAUGCUUUGUUGGAUGGCAUUAUGGUCCUUCGGAGUUUCUGGUAUUGUUGCUAUGCACAUACCUAAUGGUGGACAAUGGUGGCUUGUUUUGGUUUUAUCAGUCAGUUUAUUUUGGACCGGAGCUAUCCUUAGUAAUACAGUCCAUGUCAUAGUUUCAGGGAUGGUUUUCCUUGUUCUCAUUCAUGGUGGCCAAGCUGCUGCAUCAAUGCCCCCAAAACCACUUCUGAAGUCACUUCAGUAUGCUGUAACAACUUCGUUUGGAAGCAUUUGCUAUGGAUCCCUCUUCACAGCUGCCAUUAGGACUUUACGUUGGGAGAUUCGAGGAAUUCGUUCUAAAAUUGGCAGCAAUGAGUGUCUACUAUGCUGUGUUGACUUCUUCUUUCAUAUUGUGGAGACACUUGUUCGUUUCUUCAACAAAUAUGCAUAUGUACAGAUAGCUGUCAAUGGACAAAGUUUCAAUCGUUCAGCUAGGGAUGCUUGGGAGCUGUUCCAGUCUACCGGCAUUGAAGCACUUAUUGCUUAUGACUGUUCGGGUGCUGUCCUUCUGAUGAGCACAAUAUUAGGUGGGUUAAUUACAGGAACUUGUACGGGUGUUUGGACAUAUUUCACACAAAGUGAGAAAGCAAUUAUGGUUGGCUCAACCUCUAUGCUGAUGGGCAUGAUACUGGUGGGGCUAACUGUUGUAGUUGUUGAAAGCGCAGUUACAUCAAUAUACAUAUGCUACGCCGAGGACCCCCUUUUAAUUCAGAGAUGGGAUCCUGAAUUUUUUGAACAAAUGUCAGAGGCAUUACACCAGCGACUGCAGUACCGAAGCUCCCGUGCCCGCCAAAUACCUAAUGGUCGGCUUGAUCAUUUGCCAAGUAUUUGAAUCGCAUACCUCUACCAUUUUUGUCAAUCCAUUGUAAGCGCAGCAGCGAUUUCCAGAACAAGCAGAAGUUUUUGAAUCCUCCUGCAAUCGAAAAUAUAUAGACCAAGGAAGCUUUUACUCAGCCAUUGAAAUAUAGAGAAUGAAGUGCCCCAGCAAUCUCGGAGGCCUUCAAAAGUAACAUUCCCAAUGAAGCAGUCGUUUGUUCAUAGUUGUGUAGAACUGCAGUGCGAUUGUGUUGAAGCAGCCCUUUUUCUUUUCUUUUGAGGAAGCAGUGCCAGCUUUUGUUUGUUCUGUCGUUGUGUCUGUGUGUGUGCAGCCUUUCUGGGGGAGAAAACAGAAAAAUUCUGAAACCCAUUGGUGGCUUGGGUUUUAUGUGACUUUAAGCGAUUGUGUUGCGGUUAUUCCUCAUGAAUGGAAAUGCUUCACGUUCGCCAUCACGGCAUCA